AUGGAAUCUUUAGCGGAGUCUUCUUGCCAGCAAUUGGAGUUGCUGGCUAGCAAGAAAAUGAACCUUGGGGAGAAUUAUGCUCAAGUGAAUUCAAAUAUUGAUGGUGCCCUCCUGCAUAAUGAGUCCUAUAACAUUCGUGUAGGGAAGCUGUCCCACCUUGGCAGUGAGUUGGAUUGGCUGGUCAAGGAUGGAAUAGUGAAAAUUAUUGAAAAACUUAUUGAGCUUCUAGAAUUUUUACAAGGUGUGAGACGCAUCAAUAACAUGUGCUUCGCUACUGGUAAGGAAUCUGGUAGAGAAGUAUUGUGUAAGGUGGUGGUUAAUGGAAAGUUUGAUCCUAGUGCUGCCAGUUCCACCUCUAUCUACUAA